CCUGAGACGCCACCUUACGCCGCGGCCGCGCGCGCCUCUCUGGGAUUUGUAGUCUCGCCGGCCCGCCUCUGGCCCGUCCGCUUCGCUGGAGCCGCCGGCGGCGAGCAGACUACAACCCCCAUCAGCCACCGCGCCAGACCCGUCUCGCCGCGAACAGGCACGAAAGCAGGAUGGAGUCAGGAGGAAAACGCAACUGCUGUGCCUUCACGGUGUACCUUGACGGGUCAGAUGACGAAGGGAAAGGUAAGAAGGCGGACACAGAGAGCAUGCAGGAGGCCUUUGAGAGGUUCAGAAGACGGCGACAGGAGGAAUUCUGGAAUAUUUCCAGAAGGAAAGCAUCUGUACGGAGAAUGCUGCUGCAGCCGGAUGACCAGUGGCAACUUCGGAUGAAGUUUCUUGAGCAGGCCAAAAGCUACAUUGGCAUACCAUAUGCCAAGAAAUACCACGAACCUGGCACUCCAGAAUACGAAUCUCCGCUCUUUCUAGAUUGUUGUGGGUUAAUCCGGAGAGUGCUACAGGACCUAUCCGAUGACUUUGGCUUCUCCGUCGGCUUGGGAAACCAAGCUUAUCUGUAUGAUACUCUUCCCGUUUCGAUACCCAGUGAAGAACAUCUGAAGCCAGGGGAUCUCAUAUUCAUUUCAGGAACCUACUUUGAUACACAACGAAAGAAGCAGCCGCACGACAUCAUCCACGUGGAGAUCUGGCUGGGGGACGGCAAGCGCAGCCUCGGCGCCCGGCUGAAGCAUGGCUGCGUGCAGGUCUUUGAGUCCUACAAGUUUGUCUCCCGGUCCUAUGGAAACAUGGCGUUCCACUUCAGAUCCAUAGAAACCUGGCUGCAGGGUGUCUGUAACAGCCACUGUCUAGAACACAAAUGGGCGUCCGCAAGAGAACUGCCUCCACGGAAGUCAAUCUUCUGCCCUUGGAGCGAGCGAGAUGGAUUUGCAGAAGAGGGCGAAGAUACUGGGGAAAGCACGCCCAGAUCACACCUGAGGAAAGGGAGGCUGCUACUCAGGGCACAGCACAUAGCUGAGUCCAUCAGCGACUGCGGACUGCACACCAGCCAACAAACGGAAGUGUUGGCCCUCCCAGGUUCCUCCAGAGGAGGCUCUGGGUUCUCCACGGCGGACCCCGAAAGGAGGGGCCGCAUUUUAGGGGCUUGCCCCAGUCUAAACCACUUCCCAGCAAGCUCCCAACUGGAGGCGACUGGUCUGAAUGUGGAAUGUAGUGAUGCUUCACUAGAGGGGACCGGUGGUCAGGAGGAAGGGUCCGAUGAGGGUCCGGUUGAGCCUCCGACGAUGACUCCCGCCCAGGAGGCAGACGCCAGGCCAUCUGAGGUCACCCGGGGCGCGGCCAAUGUGGCCCGUAAGUCCCGUUCCAGAUCCAAGGUAAACUCGAAGUGGGUCUUAGGGGGCAGCAAACAGAGAAAAAAGGGCCGAGCGGGAAAACACAGAAGUCGUCAGCUCCUGGACGAGCCGCCUCCAGCUGAUACAGAUUCCAAGCGUUCCGCAAGCCGGUGGGACAAUUCUGUGCACAUGUUUGAAAACCCAGUUCUGAAAGACUCGCAGACACAGAAGCUGAGCAGUACUUCUAACCCAACGGAAGGAGAACCGACGAAUGAAACCAAAUCCAAAGGGCACAGAGGGAUUCCCAAAGCGUCACCCCGAAUGAGUCAUCUGGAAGAGAAGAAGCCGGAAGACCCCGGAUCGGGGCCCUUCUUCUACCUUGGAGGAGCGAAUGGGGUUGACAUCCUGAACCUCUACUGCAAGAGCAAAGGGUGGCAGCGUAUCCAUGACAACCGGAGGGAGGACUACAUCCUGAAGUGGUGUGAGACCAAAUUCCGAGACACCUAUUACAACUUCAGAGAAGGUACUGGCAGCGGGGAGGAAGGGUGGACCGGGAGAAUCCUUGGCCUGGAGAAAUGGCAGGAUAUUCCGAGAGAAGGGGAACAGCUUCUUUACCAGAUCCCAAAUAACAAGAUCCUCACCACCAAGAUUGGCCUUUUGAUGAACCUCAGGGAAUAUGAGCGGAUCAUGAGGAAAAUCAGCAAAAACGUCAAGGUCUUGCGAAUGGAGGACUUUUUCCCUGAGACUUUUCGCCUGGACACCAAGGACGAGCGUGAGAUCUUCUUCGAAAUCUACAGAGAGCCCCAUAUUUGGAUCUGCAAGCCCACCGGCUCCAACCAAGGCCGGGGGAUUUUCCUCCUGAAAAACUAUGCCAGUGUCCGAGAGUUACAAGCCAAGCUUCUGAGUGUCGAGGAGGAUCCAAUGUACAAGAAAGUCCCAUACAAAAUCCCCCAGGCAAGGAUCGUGCAAAGGUAUAUUGACCGGCCUCUGCUUCUGGAGGGGAAGAAAUUUGACGUCCGCUCAUAUCUCUUAAUCGCCUGCACGGUCCCUUACAUGCUAUUCUUUGGCCAUGGCUACGUCCGUCUUACAUGUCUCAACUAUGACCCUAAGUCGGAAGACCUCAUUGCUCACCUGACCAAUCAGUAUGUCCAGAAGAAAAGUCCCAUGUACAACCACGUCAAAGAGGAGACCGUCUGGACGAUGGGCCGCUUCAACACCUACGUCAACGAGAGGUUCCGCCCCAUCAAAGGCUUGCCCAAGGACUGGGUAUUCAAUGGGUUUACUAAGAGAAUGAAGGAGAUUAUGUUGCAGUGUUUCCAGGCGGUCAAGUCCAAGCUGGACUGCAAGCUGGGAUACUUUGAUCUCAUCGGCUGUGACUUCUUGAUCGACGAAGACUUUAAGGUGUGGCUCCUGGAGAUGAACGCCAACCCUGCUCUGCACACCAACUGCAGUGCCCUGAAGAGCAUCAUUCCCCGGGUGGUGAAUGAGACGCUGGAUCUGGCCUUCGAGAUCUUCACCAAGAGCCAGAAGGGCCAGGCCAUCCUGCCCCUGGACUCCGCCAGUCACUUUGCGCUGCUCUACAACGGGUCCAGCUUGGACCUCGCUCCACCGCGGAUCACCAGGAGCCGGACUUCCCUCCGCUCUCUGAGGAGCCACCGGUCCCAGCUGGAGCUCACCAGCUCCACCAGUGGCUGCAGCGACGCCUCCAGCUCCAGUAUCACCAGCUACGGCGGCAGCACCACCAGUUACGGUAGCGGCACCAGCCGCCUUACGGACAAGCUGAUGCCCAAAGCUUUGGAGAAGACCCUCAAGGUGGAAGCCAAAGCGGACCCCCCAGGCCUUCCUGAAGGGCUUCCCCUUCCACCCAAGGGGACCCCCCGGAACCCCUUACCCAUGCCCCAGAUCCAGAUCUCCAUCGUCCCCAGCCUCUCCAGCUGCCCUUCAGUGAAAGCCGUCCUCCGGGGCCACCAAGUCAGCAGUAUCGGUAGCCAAUAUAUCAUCAAGCCCAUCCUGGCCUCCUCUGAGAAACUGGGGUUCUCCAAAGCCGAGAGUGGAGAUGACCGGGGCAAGAUGGCCGUGGGGGUCCCCAUGGGCAUCGCCUCCAAAGACAGGUCCUACUCCUCAUGGUUCCAGCAGAUGUUUGGGAGCAAGUUCCAUCCAAGCAGCGGAAGCGGCUAUGGGGCAGGCCUCCCCCUAACCAGUUUGCAGAUGGUCUCCCUCCAUCUCCAGUCCAACAUCCCCCCCAGCCUCCCCGAACUCCAAGACCUUCCAAAAUCAUCCCGCCAGACCACAACUCACGCCAAGACAGAGGGCGGCAAGGCCUUGGCAUUGGCCGUCCCUCGGAGCUGCAGCGACCCACUCCCAGAAGAUAAAAAGGUCUCCCACCGUGGCUCGUAAACUGAGAUCACUUGUGUAUUUGAAUAUCACCGCUUCUUUUUCCUAUAAAGGACAAAAAAGAGGGGAGGAAACC